ACGUAACAUAGGUAGAUUUUAGAUAACUAGAUAAGGUUGUCGUUGAUAUCUCCCAACUUGUCCCAUUGUCCAUGCGCCAUUUGCUGUCUUCCCUUCUUCUCCCAAGUCCCAUACACAAACACACACACUCUUUCUAUCUUCUCCCAAUUUAGUAACACACAAAUUUUGUGGGUGAAGAAGAAGAUCAAGAUGCUGGGUAUGGCCACUCUAACUUUGGGUUCAUCAACUACAGUGGUGGCUCAGAGCCAUGCUCAACAACAUGCCACCACUCUUGUCUCUGCCAGUGGAAGCAGAAGGCACAGUGUUUCUAAUAGGAAUUGCUCUUUGCCUGUGAAUUUGGUGCUACCCACCAACCAAAAUUGCAACUUUUUCUCUUCCUUCAAGGAACCAACACAUGCACGACCCUUUAGCACAGCUGUUGCAUCUGUUGAUUCUGACCAGCUCAAUUCUUCUGAUCCUCCCACUAAGGAUGAAGCCAACAAGUAUUAUUUUCUUGUUGCAAAUGCAAAAUUUAUGCUGGAUGAGGAGGAGCAUUUCAAGGAACUCUUAUUUGAACGGCUUCGCCUCUAUGGAGAGCGUAAUAAAGAACAGGAUUUCUGGCUUGUCAUUGAGCCUAAGUUCUUGGAUAAGUUCCCUGACAUUACCAAGAGAUUGAAGAGACCUGCUGUUGCUCUUGUGUCUACCAAUGGUCCUUGGAUCACAUUCAUGAAGUUACGACUGGACCGAGUUCUAGCAGAAAGUUUUGAAGCUGAGAGCCUAGAAGAAGCAUUAGCUUUCAAUCCUACUGAUUUGGAGUUUGAGAAGCCUGAAAUAUGGGUGGCACCCUAUCCUAAAUAUGAAUUUGGAUGGUGGGAACCCUUCUUGCCCCCUGUCCAGAAAGAGGUGAAGUCGUAAGAUAUUAUCUAUCCACUCCGUUCCAGUAAUGGGUAUUCGUAAAUCUUUUUCUCCAAUGGUUUUUGUUCAUGUAUAACUGGAUGGUAGUUGAAGUUGGCUAAAUUUGCAUUCAUUUUUGUAAUUUUUGGAAGGUAGUAUAAUUAUUUAAAUUUGAGGUGUUGUCCUUAGGAUCUAAGUUCUAGGAAUUGCAUUUAUGUCUCUCAAAUGAGUUAGGUAUAGAUUUUAUUGUGCGAUUGACAUUCUCUGUUGCUAGAAAUAUAUGUGAAGGCCUGAAAUUUACUGUUCAUCAAAUGAACUUACCUCAAAUGUACUCGCUUACUUUACAUUGCAUUGACAUUAAAGGCUUCCUUAAAACAGUCAAAGCCUUGUCCUAUCUCCCCAGUCAAUGCCUGAAACUCUGAACCUGAUGUCUAAGGACUUGGUUGAUUUAACUACCAAUGAUUUUGGAGCUUGUCCUCCACAUUACAGACACACUUUGUUGUCCAUAUUCUGCAUUCUAGCAUUCUUUUUGAUGACCACAGGUUUGGCUAUCAUAGGUCUUGGAAACUGUUGAGGCCUUGCGUGGCAUGCAGGUUUCUUUAUGGGGUUGGACAUCCUCAUUUUAAAUGUUUUGAGUCUGAGAAACUGUUGGUUUGGUGGGGGCGUGGAAGGCCUAAUGAAAACUUUUGUAACAAAUGCUUUUUGGCAUUACCUUUGCCUAGAGAGAUCCACCUAUAUCCAACUUCCAAUUGCUAAUUUGCUCAAUCCUCCAGUUAUUGUAUCUGAUUUUCACAGCUUAAUUAUGUCUCCUCAUGUGUAACUGCACACACCGAAUUGGGAAGUGGUUAAAUGCAUCCCAUAAUGACUAAACAGACUGUACCUCUUACCGUAGAAAACAGGUUUACAUGAGAGGCUUCUCAUUGUUCCUCUCUUCACUGGGCUGUUUUGUAAGCCUUGUUUUAGCUGAAGGUAGUUUUAUUUGGGAUGUUCCUAUUAAUCUUGUCCUACAAGAUCCAUUUUGAUACAAAGAAUACUGAACAAGAAAGCCAACUAAAGUACAGGGCUACUGGAUUCAUGCUGAGAUGUGCAAAUAAGUUUUAUAUGGACUUCCACAGAUCCACAAGUAAAUCACUCUUUUUAUAUUGUACAUCUAGACUUACCUUUUUCCUGAUGUGGAUGCCCUUUUAUUACAGAAAGAAAAAUGAUCAGAUAUAUGCUGCAAAUUUCGUUUGUAUAAUGAAGUUAUGCUUUAAAGAAAAAAGGACCACUAAGUUCCUUUGUAGUUCGUCGAAGUGGAACAUGUUUCCUCCAUUUCUUGAAGGUUGUAAAAUCAGUCUCUUAAUUCAUCCCUUUCAUGAGUCUGUACCGUGCAACUAUGAUCUGCAUCAGUUACCGUAUACUUCUAGCCAUUGCUAGUCUCCGUCCCCAACCAUAGACUAGAUUCUGAUGAUGGAUCAGGCUUCUUUCUGCUAACAAAUAUGGUUUGCUUGUUAUGACACACGCCAAAAUUUAACCUCUGCGCCCUGUAUGACAAUAAAAUUAUCAUUAUUUUUCCUUUCAAAUAGUAUUUCGUGUGCUAAUCAAAUACGAAAAAAUAUCUCAAACCUCAAUGUAUAAAAUCCUUUGGUACAUAUGAUGGUAUCGGUAGAUGAUAUCAUUAUUGGUGAAACAAACUAAAUGGUUAAACGACUACAGAGACAGGUUGUAAAUAACUUCUAGAAAGCUUUUGUUUUCCAUUUUUGUUACUUUUCUAGUUUUUAUAUAUUAAUCAAAAUCUGAAAUCCAGGACUGUACUGUUUCUAAUGAAUUUUCAAUUAAACCAAACGUGAGGGAAGCGAAGAACGCUAAAUUGGACCUAUUUCUGCAAGCAAGAGGCGAAGGACAAGUAUGUCAAAAACCAAUAUAAUAUGAUAAUGCAUACAGUUAAAGAAAGGGGAUGUUACAUCAAUAACCAAAAGCGAUCAAAUAUGGAAAAUGAUUCUUGCAAACUAAUUUUCGUGCAUCAUUUUUACAAUGGUUAACACCUCACAAAUUUUUUAUUAGUAUGUGGUUAAGAGGAUGAAAUCCAUUACUAAUAAUCAAUAGCAGCAGUAUCAUGAAGUAUUGCGUUACCUAUAUAAUACAUGUUAACUACAAGCCUUAAUAUAGAAAUAAGCAUAAGCUAAAGCACCAUGAAGUAUUGCAUUACCUCUAUUGCAGAAUGCAGUCUUGAAAGUGUUGCGAUUUGCCGAAAAACUUUUUCAUCAACGAUGCAUAUAGACUUUUCAAUUCAAUCAAUGUCUUCUCAACAAUGAUCUCAACAACAUCCCCAUGCUUUUCAUAUACUGCUGGCACAGUCAGCAAUACAACAAACACUACACCAUCAGAGCAAAUGAAGAAGCAAAUUAGAACUAACUUGCACUUCAGCAGCACCACUGGUGUAAUUGGAUUAGUGUUAAAUCUACCUGAACGUAGAUCUAUUCCUACACUGUAAGUUAUAGUUUUCACAUUAAAAUGUGGUUUAAUGUGAUUUUAGUGAGCUUUCAAACACACUAAUAAUGUGUUUGAUUUCGAGUUCACGUAUAUUCAACAUUUCAACAUUAUUAGUUGUAACUUUUGGAUAUGGAUUCACAUAUACAAGUAUCAUUGCAUGUGUGGAAUGCCACUGCUACGAUAGAUAGCUGCAUAAAUAUUAUACUUUGUGGCUGACCUAUGUAGAAUAGAGUUGUAGCACUGAACCAAAUGCCAAGAACUGAGACAGAUCCCAAAGUAACUGUAACCUGCAGAUUACUUUCUUGUCAAAGAAAACCAAAUGACACUGACAAGAUGAGUAAGCAAAGCUUAGGAGGAGCUGAAGGGUACCAAUAUAAAUUUCUUCAAAUGUCGUCCAGAAGCUAGGACUCCAAAUAUAAUGAGUAGUUGGUUAAGUUCACGUGUUAUUGAAAUAGCAGUAUCAACAAACGACCCUUCUGGUAAGAUGAAUGCUGAUAAUUCAGGUGGUGGUAAUCUGAAUUAAUAAGAAAAUAGCAUCAUUACUUGUUGUAAAACAAUAAUCCAACAAGCUUUGCGGACAAACACAUUGAAUGAAUGAAAAGAAAAAAAUAGAUAAGGAAAAAAAAUCUAGUACAUAUUCCAUUUCAUGUCACUCAUUUGGUGAGCUUGACAUAAGCAUGAUUUGCCAUAUAAUGUUCAAUCCGGUUGGGGGAAGUGGCUUGUUAUGAUUCCUUUAUUUACUAUUUCAAAAUAUUCAAUUAAUGUCAAAUUGAACCUUACAAAAGUAACGACAUAAACAAGAAGGAAACGAGUAAACUAACUCAUUGCUACAUGCAGCAAAUUUGGAAGAAAUGCAAAACUAUUGGGACUCAAUUUGGUCUUUUGUAAAGCAAGUAGUGGUUUCAUUACUGAAAUUUGAUUUGUGUAUGGCAAAGAUGAAUCAGGCCAAGUGAGAGGAAAACAUGACGAAAUUAUCUAAUUUCAAAUCAUUAUUAUUUCUAUCAUAGAAUGAAUAAGUGUACUGGAUGCAGUGUUAACUCUAGAAUUUCGGAUAGUACUUUUAAGUUCCAGACUCGAGUUAUGUCAUUCAAAGAUUGUUAUUUCAUAUUUGAAUGUGAAUAUAAUAUGAUGCAGUGUUGCAAAUGACUGUACACUCUUCUAUAAAACUAAAUAAAUAAAUUGCACGACACGUAGAUUUAGUUGCUGCAGCAAUGAUAUUAAACAUAAAUAAAUAUUUGUUUUCAAAUAGCAAAUCAUUAGCUGCUGAGAGUUUCAAAUAUUUAAUUAUCUUAACAUAGAACGAAAAAGAAAAAUAAUUAACAACUGAUUAAUAGAGUGCAUUAAACUCACAUUUUGAUGAAUGAUGUUAAGUGGGUCCAGAGGAACAGCAUUGCCAAUAGGAGUAUGAGAGAGUCACAAAUGAAACUAAGCAGCGUGUAAUCCAAUCUCUUAAAAAGAAACCAUAUGAAAGUUACACCAACAAGAAUGCUUGCUGAGGUUUUCUUGUUCUUCCAAAGUAUAAUAUCAGCACCUAAGAAGAAAGAAACCAAUUUUACCAUAAAUUUCUAUGCAAAACAAUACUGCACUAUCUAAUUCACACCCUCAAACUAGGUUCAUAUUUUCAUUGUAAUUUGCAGGAUGAAUGAAACUUGCAAAACAUGUCAUGUAUGAAGCCAUAAAGGAAUGGAAAAUAAGCAGAAGAUCAUACUUUUUCCAGAACCUAAGGCAACGUGAAGAGGCCUUUUCUGGCCAAACAAGCGGCUCUUGGCGGCAGAGAAAACAAAGUAUUGCUCAAACUCAUAGUCAAAUUCUGAGUCAUCAUCAUAAAGUUCUUUGUUUAUGAGAAAAUCAGAGUCUGCUACAUCCAUGAAUUCUGUUGUUUGAGACAUUAUUUAUCCUCCUUCUAUAUAUGUUAGAUCUUUUUUCUAAGUUGUUAUGUAGUAAAACAUAAACCUGUGAACAAU